GAGGCAGAGACACAGGCAGAGGGAGAAGCAGGCUCCAGGCAGGGAACCCGACAUGGGACUCCAUCCCGGGUCUCCAGGAUCACACCCCAGGCUGCAGGCGGCGCUAAACCGCUGCACCACCGGGGCUGCCCUGAACCUUUUUUCUUAAUAAUGUUUUAGAUUUUGAGUUUCCCAUCACACAGUUAUUAUCCGCAAAUAGCAAUUUGAUCUCUUCUCAUAAUUUUAUUCCUUUUUAAAAAAUCUUAACCAUAUUGAUCUCUAUUUCUAGACCUCACUAAGUAUUAGGGUAAGAGUAGCAGGUAUCCUUGUGUUUGCUUCUUUUCUGGGAAUUGUUCUAAUCACUAUGCUUCCUCUUUGGCUUGAAAUAUAUAGUACCGUAUUAUGGAAUAAAUUUUAUCAGAUGAAGAGAUGAUCAUGUAGUUUUUUUCUCUUUGAACUUUUUAAAAAAGAUGACAUUAAUAGGUUGCUGAAUGUUGGCUCAUAGUUAAAUUCUUAAAAUGAGCUCUACUUGGUGAUUUGUUCUAUAUGCUUGUAUUUUACUUAGGAUUUUUUGUAUCUAUAUUAAUAUUUUUGGACUAUAGUUUUAUUUUUUGGUACUGUCUUUGCCAUUUUUUAAUCAGGAUUAUGGUAAGUUUGAAAAAUGAACUGGGAAGCUUUUUUCUCUAGGUAAUUUAGGUAAUUGGGGCAGUAUUAUGUUUUUUAAGGCUUGCAAGAUCUUGGUUGUGAAAUUGUCUGAUACACUUAUUUUUCAUAACUUUAUUUUUUUAAAAGAUUUUACUUAUUUAUUCAUGAGAGACAUAGAAGGCAUAGACAUAGGCAGAGGGAGAAGCAGGCUCCCCACAGGGAGCCCAAUGUGGGACUCCACCCUAGAACUCCAGGAUCAUGCCCUGAGCUGAAGGCAGACACUCAAAGGCCAAGCCACCUAGGCGUCCCUCAUAACUAUAUUUUAAAAACAAUUUAAAUUUACAGAAAAUUUGAAGAAAGGUAGAGUGAACUUUUGUAUUUACCUGAAUGACUAAUUUUUUUGCCACAUUUGUUUUAUAAAUUUUCUUUUUUCCCUUUGUGUGUAUACAAUGCAUAUUCUUUUUGCACACACAAAUAUAUAUAAACCAGUGCACAAUUGCAUAUUACACUUUAUUGUCAUAUCUCUGUGGUUUUCUUUAACCUGGAAUGGUGGUUCUGCUUUUUUUAUUUUGUUUUUCAUGAGCUCUAGAGUUCUUUUGAAGGUUAGUUCUUUGGUAACUUUCUCAUUUAUUUCCAGAAUUACUGAUCUCUGUUUUGUCACUGCUUGAAAAAAAUUUGUUAAUUUGUUUUUCCAGAACAUUGUCUAUUUCCUCCACGUUUUCAAUUUUAUUAGCAAAGAAUUGUACAGUGUGUUUUAUAAAAACAAAACAAAGCACCUAUGUCUGAGGCAAGUAUAGCUUGAGUUCUAAUUUUGAAUAAUAGUUUUUCUCAGACUACCUAAUGUUUUAUCUCUUUUACUCAUUUUUCUCUCAUGAUAUCAUGUUUACCUUAAUUUUUCUUGAUAUAUUCCUUAAUGUAUUUCUUUCCUUAGGUCUGUGUGUAUGCAAGUGGUUGUUCUUUUUACUUUUUCAGUUGAGAUUUAGUAUACUGAUUAUCACUUUUUUACUAAGAAAAUGAAUUUUCCUGAGUAAGGUUUGGUCACAUCUUACAAAAUCUGAUAAAAGGCUUUACUUAUCAUUAUUUUUUCUAAAUAUUCUGUAAUUGUAAAAAUAUACAAACUCAAUGCAAGGUUGAUUAGAAGCUGGAAAGUAAUUUCCAGAUGUUUGAAGUUUUCUUUUUUCUUUAUUGUUACCAACAUCUACCGUUUAACAUCUACCGUUAUUGUUAAAGUCAGAUAAUAUGGCCUGUGUCAUUUGUUUUCUUUUUCUUUUUCUUCUUUAUGGGGGGAGGGGUACCUGGGAUAGGAUGGGUGGGAGUAUGUUAAGAAACUUUAAAGCUUUUGCUUUCCAAUAUUCAGUCAAGUUAAAUGCUUGAUUUUUAAUCAAUAUUUCAAUCAUAUUUGAACAGAAAAUAUAGUCUUAAUUUUAGCACAUAGUAUUUUUGAGUUUUGAAUUAUCUGACAUAAAAAUAUUUAGCUCAUAAAAUUCAUAAGUUAAAAUUUUAGAGUACAAGCUCAUCAAUUUUUUUUAAAAAGUCUUAUUUAUUGACUUAUUCCUUAUGCUUUUCUUUCUCUGAAGUUAAAGUCACAACCCUUGACUUUUGUUACACAGUUGACCGUUGGACACUAUGAAUAAAGCACCAUAAUUACUUAUUCACGAGAGACACAAAAGAGAAAGGCAGAGACAUAGGCACAGGGAGGAGCAAGCUCCCUGUGGGGAGCCUGAUGCAGGAAUUGAUCCCAGGACUCCCAGAUUACGAACUGAGCCAAAGGCAGACACUCAACCACUGAGCCAUCCAGAUGCCCCUAUAUGCUAUAUUCUUAUAUUAAAAUUAGAGAAAAAAUGUUAAGAAAAUCAUAACAAAGGGAAAAUACAUUUAUAGUAAUAUAUUGCAUUUAUUUAAAAAAAAAAGUGACGUAUAAGUAAGUGGACCUGUGCUGAUCAGACCCAUGUUUUUCAGGGGUCAGCUGUACUUGCUUAAGUGUAUUCUGCCCAUCCCAAAGUCCUAUAUAUACUAUAACAUCUCCAUUUAUUGUAUUUCUGGUUUUGAUUAAUCUCUUGAUGGCAUUAAUCUUUCUUUAAAUAGGUUUUUAAAGACCUUAUUUGAGUGAGAGUGAACUUGUGCACACUUGCACGCACACACAGGGGCAGAGACAGAGGGAGAAGGAGAGAGAAUCCACAGCAGAUUUCUCCCCUCAGCAUGAAACCUGAUGUGGAGCUCCAUCCCAGGACUCUGAGAUCAUGACCUGAGCCAACAUCAAAAGUUGGCCACUCAACUGACUGAGCCACCCAGGCGCCCCUGAAUGAUACCUUUUUAGUGCUGGCAUAGUUGAUAAUAACUUUUCUGUUCUUCACAUAUAAAUGCCACCUUUGCUGGGUGUGGAAUUCUGGGACUAUCCUCCUUUACUCUCAACAUUUUUAGGCAUUACUUCAUUAUUGCAUAUUGUGACAAAAGUUUGAGCCCAACCUGAUUUUAUUUUUGUUUUUUUUAUUUUUUAUUUUUUUGGACUGUUUCAUUUGAGUUCUUGUAUUCUUAAAAUUCAUUAUCAAACUAUACUUUGGUGUUGGUUAUUUUCUAUUAAAAUUACUACUUGAUGAACACUUUCAAUCAUCAAUUCAAAUUUUCCCUCAGUUUAGGAUUAAUUUCUUUUUUCUCUAAAGUUUUAUUUCUUCUCCAUUAUUUGAUUUUCUUUUUACAGUAUACUAAGUAAAUUGUUGGAUCUGCAUUGUUUGUAUCCUUAACCUACUUCUAUCUCUUUAUUCUUAACUGCAUACAGGGUGAGUUUUCUCUUACUUUGAAUUUUACCCCUUGCAGAUUGUUUUCUCUAGGUUCUUUGCUCAUUAUUGUUUUACAUGCCAUUUAAAAUAUUACAAUAAUUUUUAUCUCUUAAAUUCUUUCCUUAGCCCUAUUAAUACUUUUAUACUCCAGUUUCUUAUUGUCAUACAUAUUCAUUCUCUUACCUACCAUUCUAGAGGGCAUCAUUCCAAAAGUGUUGGCAGGAAUGUGUUCACUCUGGAGGCCUUAGGGAAGAAUGCAGCAUUCCUUGGAUUGUAGCCAUAUAUCUCUUGUAAUCUUCAAGGCCAGCAUCUUCAAAUCUCUUCACAUCAUUUCUCCUCUGUGACAAUUCUUGCUUUGCCUCUUUAUACGGACACUUCUGAUUGCAUUUAGGGGCCUCAGUAUAAUCCAAAAUAAUCUCCCUAUUCCAAGUUUCUUACUAAUCAUGCCUGCAAAGACUCUUUCCAAAUGAGGUAACAUUUAUGGGAUUGAGACCUGGUACCUUUGAAGCCAUUAUUCAGCUAAUUACAAGUAUCAUUCUGUUUUGCUUCUCUGAGAUGAGGUAGCCACUUCAUGAAAAAUCAGAUUAGAGUAAAUCCUUAUGGAUUGAAUGCUGUUACAGUCACAAGCAUUGUCCUCUUUAUCAAAUGAUGUAAGCUCACAUGCCAUGUGGUCAAUAAGGAGGAGUAGUAGGAACUCUGGAGAACACAUGUUCAGGGGCAGGGGCUAACAAUAUAUGUGAAGAUCAAAUUCAGGCUACCAGUUUGUAGUCCUAGUUGGUAGCUGUUUUUUUCUUUUUUCAUUCUCUGUAAGUUGAUUUUUCUGUUGUAAAAUAAUUUUAUCUCAUAAUAUUUAGUAUUGGGAAUAAAAAAAUUUUAAUGGAAUUCAUCAGCAUGAUUUUAGACUGAAAUAGUAUUUACUAAUGCCAUUUACCUAGGUAUUCUUAGAACUUUAGGCUUCUCAUUUCAACAUUUCUCAGAACAAGGUAAUUGUUCUGAAAAUGGUUAAUCAGGGUUGUUUAUCAAUGAACAGAGUUAGAAAUUAAGCUAAAGGAUUUGUCUAAAGUCACAUAUUGGAUGCAUCUAUAACUUUUAAGUUUAAUCUUAUAAAAGCUAUUUCCAUUUAUAGACAUAAAAUGGGGGUCUCCUUAGUAGUAAUUUGGAUAAGUAGGCAAUUUUGCAAUUUCUUUUUACUUUAUAUGUGGGUUUUGUUUUUUUUUUUUUAGAUGAUUUUUAAGAAGCAGGUUAUUUAAGAGAAACUAAUGACACAUCAUAGAGAUGAACAUAGUUUUAAAACACAGUGAGUAGAUAUUUGCUUGGCUGGAUUUCUCAUUUAAAAAGUAUGAGUGUAUACUUUGAUCCUUGUGUAUCUUAAAAUAUCAUCUGGUUCCCUUUCCUUCAUACACAUGAAUAGUAGUAGUUCAGACGCCAGCAUAAAGUGAGAAAAGGGCUUAGGUCUAAGUCUUGAAUGUCAAUAUUAAUGGCUUGGAAGAUGAAGAUGGGCCUGCAAAAGGAACAAGAAUGGAAAAGCUAAGGGCAGGAGGAAAGUGGAGUGUGUGUAACAUCUUGAAAAGCCAGUGGGAAGUUGGAAGAGGGAGUAUCGAAUGCUGUUGUAAGAGUCAGUGAAAUCAGGACUAAAAACGUUCAUUGGAUUAAGCAAUUUGGAGGAGCUCAUUUGGUGGAAUAGCCGGGCAACAAUGUGGAGCAUCAACACUUAUUUUUAAGAAGUUGAAUCACAAAGGGAAGGGAAAGGCAGGUAGCUAGAGAAGAAGGAGUCACAUAAAGACCAAGUCUGUUCAUAUAUAAGCAUUAGUGGGCAGUGUAGAAUAAACAUUUGGUAGUAGUAAAGAGUUUAUAUCCCACAGCCUACUGCACAUGACUUGAAUUUUGCCAUAUUAUGUACACUGCCACCUAUACUGCUAGUUCCAUUUUUUUCCCUCUUUCCCCAAGGAGCUCCUAGUCUCUCAUACAUAGUUUUUUAUCCCCCUCUUAAUUCCCCCUAGUCUUUAGAAUAUAAUUUCUCUACAUUGUUUACAUAUGUCUAUUUUGUUCUUUGUUUAGGGAGCCUGGAGGGGUUCUGUAUUAGACUGUGUCCCCAUAGGUAAACAGAGAAAGACCUUGUAUGGUUUUACUCCUCAGUUUUUUUGCUAAGAGACUGCUCAAACUGUUACUUGAAUGAUUCUUGUUUUGGGGCUAAUAUGUCACUUAAGGAUCUUAACAGUUGACUAUAUAGAGCUUUUAUGGGGCGGGGGGGGGCAGGAUAUUUGAGCAGAUUAAACCAAAUGACAAGGUUUAAGAUUUUUUGCUAUGAUUAUGGGAUCAAUUUUGCUUAAUAAAAACCUGUGAAUGAACUUUAAUGAAUGACUUCCUGGCCCAACCUUAGAAUUUUUCAAUUUAGGAGUUAGUUUGGUUUUCAAAGACAAAAAGCGUUCACUAAAUUUUCUGAUUAUAUCAAAGAUGAAUUCAGUCUUGUGAUUGUCAUAGUACUUUGUUUUGAAAAGUUCAUAUCAACUGAUAAGCUAGUGUUGUGGUGAGAUCCAUCCAGCAUGUGCUCAGAGUAGAUUUAAGACGAAGCAACUCUAGAAUUUCUCUUAGAAACUAGCUUAAGCUUUCAUGGGCAAAUUGAAUCUCCUUGGAUUUACUAUUUAUAGAUAUAUGCCAACUUAAUAAUUUGACUAUAUAAUUAGUAGUCCACUUCUGGAAGAUGACUAUGUAAACAUAGUAUUUAUAAGUAAGUAGUUUCUGGUAAGUGUUGUAUUUGCAUAACCAUCUGCUAUAUUUAUGUAGCUAUUGUUGGCUGCUUCACUUGGAUUCUACAAAUUACUCAGAAUCCCAGGAGACCUAGAAUAUCAAGACAUAAUGGGAGCAUUUUUAGACAAACCAAAGAUGGAAAAACAUAAUGCCCAGGGGCAGGGUAAUGGGUUGCGAUAUGGGCUAAGCAGCAUGCAAGGUUGGCGAGUUGAAAUGGAGGAUGCACAUACGGCUGUGAUCGGUUUGCCAAGUGGACUUGAAACCUGGUCAUUCUUUGCUGUGUAUGAUGGGCAUGCUGGUUCUCAGGUUGCCAAAUACUGCUGUGAGCAUUUGUUAGAUCACAUCACCAAUAACCAGGAUUUUAAAGGGUCUGCAGGAGCACCUUCUGUGGAAAAUGUAAAGAAUGGAAUCAGAACAGGUUUUCUGGAGAUUGAUGAACACAUGAGAGUUAUGUCAGAGAAGAAACAUGGUGCAGAUAGAAGUGGGUCAACAGCUGUGGGUGUCUUAAUUUCUCCUCAACAUACUUAUUUCAUUAACUGUGGAGACUCGAGAGGUUUACUUUGUAGAAACAGGAAAGUUCACUUCUUCACACAAGAUCACAAACCAAGUAAUCCGCUGGAAAAAGAACGAAUUCAGAAUGCAGGUGGUUCUGUAAUGAUUCAGCGUGUGAAUGGCUCUCUGGCUGUAUCGAGGGCCCUUGGGGACUUUGAUUACAAAUGUGUCCAUGGAAAAGGUCCUACAGAGCAGCUUGUCUCACCAGAGCCUGAAGUCCAUGAUAUUGAAAGAUCUGAAGAAGAUGAUCAGUUCAUUAUCCUUGCAUGUGAUGGUAUUUGGGAUGUUAUGGGAAAUGAAGAGCUCUGUGAUUUUGUAAGAUCCAGACUUGAAGUCACUGAUGACCUUGAGAAAGUUUGCAAUGAAGUAGUCGACACCUGUUUGUAUAAGGGAAGUCGAGACAACAUGAGUGUGAUAUUGAUCUGUUUUCCAAAUGCCCCCAAAGUAUCACCAGAAGCAGUGAAGAAGGAGGCAGAAUUGGACAAGUACCUGGAAAGCAGAGUAGAAGAAAUCAUAAAGAAGCAGGGGGAAGGCGUCCCUGACUUAGUCCAUGUGAUGCGCACAUUAGCAAGUGAGAACAUCCCCAGCCUCCCACCGGGGGGUGAAUUGGCAAGCAAGCGGAAUGUAAUUGAAGCCGUUUACAAUAGACUGAAUCCUUACAAAAAUGAUGACACUGACUCUACAUCAACUGAUGACAUGUGGUAAAACUGCUCAUCUAGCCAUGGAGUUUACCUUCACCUCCAAAGGAGAGUACAGCUCAACUUCCUUGAACCUUUUAAACAUCCAUCCUCAACUUUAAAGAAGGACAUGUGACAUGGGUGAGAGUGGAUCACACCAGAGAGCUUCAGCCGUACAACAGCUAGCCCAGGACUGGUUUUUUUUGUUUUUUUGUUUUUUGUUUUUUUGUAAAUUUGAGACUUCUGUAAACGUGAUUUCAAACCAUAAUUCAUGUUGUAAAUCAGACUCCAGCAAUUUUUGUUGUAUGAUUUUGUUUUUUGUAAAGUGUAAUUGUCCUUGUACAAAAUGCUCAUAUUUAAUUAUGAACUGCUUUAAAUCACUAUCAAAGUUACAAAAAAAUGUUUGGCUUGUUGUGUGAUGCAACAGAUAUAUAGCCCUUUCAAGUCAUGUCGUGUUUGGACUUGGGGUUGGGACGGGGAGAGCAGCAGCCAUGUCAGCUACACGCUCAAAUGUGCACACGAUUAUGGAGAGUAAUUCCAAAAUCUUACGAAGCCCAAUAUGCAGGGAGUUAACUGAAAACUAUCUUGGCAGUGAGGUUGGCACUGUUGAUAAAGCUGGUCCCUUCCUUUAACUGUCUUUUAGGUUGUUCUUGCCUUGUUGCCAGGAGUAUUGCAGGUAAUACAGUAUAUUCAUAAGAAUAUCAAUCUUGGGGCUAAAAUGCCUUGAUUCUUUGCACCUCUUUUACAAGUCCUUACGUUGAAUGACUAAUUGAUAAGCAGCAGCUUCCUACAUAUAGUAGGAGACUGCCACGUUUUUGCUAUCAUGAUUGGCUGGGCCUGCUGCUGUUCCUAGUAAGGUAUUCUGAAUUCCAUUUUAUCAAUAAAGCUUGAUUUAACAAACAAGAAAUUUAA